AAUCCGAUUGGCCCAGAUAUCUUUCGCAAAUUUCAUCAUUUCUUACAGAAAUUACGAUCGCUAAGAGUUAUCGAUCUUGAAAAUACAAAUAUAGGCGACCAAAUGGUAAUUGAUGAUGUUCUGUUGCAUAGUUACGAGAUGUAUAGUAGCAGUAAAGCGUUUAAUGCAGCCAAUCUGACACUCAAUUUGGGAAAUAAUCAUUUCAAAAAUGACAUGUUAUCGCAGCUCACCUCCUUAUUCUUACACAUCAACCGAUUAUCGAGAUUAGAAUUAUCAAGCAUUUUCAGUGAUUCUGAUUGGAUGAACUUUGCAAAAUUAUCUGAUUUACCAAAGUUAAUGGAAUUAAGUUUCAGAUAUACCAAUCGACAAACUUUCGAUUACUGCCACUUUGAUCCUUUUUUCGAAGCAAAACGAACCUUAACACACUUGGAUUUAAGCAGCUGUGGUUUGACUGCAGAUGACAUGAUUGGAUUGAGUCAUAGCCUUGAUCAUCUCUUGAAACUCAAAAAACUAACACUGGAUUCCAAUCCAAUGAUUGGGGUGAAAGGCUUGAAUUACCUAGACGGAGUUGUUGAAAAAUCAAAGGUAGACAUUCUGGAAAUUACCAACUGCGGCAUAUCAGACGAAGGUAUACAACUUAUUGUACGCUGGAUUUAUCGCCUACGCAGUCUUGAUGUUUCGCAAAACCGAGAUCUGCGUUUAUCGCAGACUGACAUUGAUAAGCUAUCUGACAUUCUAAAUAAUGAGAAAAUGCCAAGAAGAAUAAUAUUAGAUGACUUUAGGAAGGAAUCACCAGCAAAAAUUUUUGGAUUAUCUUUUCAGCCAAACAGUCAAUUCUCUGGGUCACCCUUCGAAGCAGAUCAAUAGACUUACUUACUGCAACCGUUUUUCUGCACUGUGAUCGAGAUACCCCUCCCCCUCCAAAAAAAACCCUUAUACCAGGUCACUUCUAAGUGCUACCAACUUUGCGAAGUCCAACAGUAUAUAUACACUUUUGAAUGGGAUCCUGAGCUAAAAUUGAUUUUAGAUGAAUUCUUCUCACAGAAGUAGAAGUAAAAGAAGGUCGCUAGAAUUUCCUGCUCAAUCCAAAUAACUGCAGCCUAUAGCCUUUCUCAAACGAGUGCGACUGUUCCUUCA